AUGUGGGAAUUCGCGGUGCCGCUUUUUCUCCUAGACUCCUCUUACAUUGCCACGUCAGCUUCCUUUUCCUCCUCUACAGUCACCUCCGGUAGUACUACUAGUAGUAGCAGCGCUGGAUCCGCCUCGUUGCUGCUCGUGGCGCUUUAUGGUCUCUCCGAAUCGCUCGCGAUGUCUUUAUUCUCCGUCCCCAUAGGAACGUGGGUGGAUCUAUGUCCGCGUUUACCGCUAGCUGCCUUCGCGAUCUCCGCUCAAAACGCCGCGCUGUUUCUCGCCGCGAUUGCCGUCGCCGCUCUGCUCUACCUCGCCGACUUUCUCGCCGCACCCGCCGCCGCGAGUCCCGCUGGGUCCGACGUAUUCGCGUGGGUGGCCGGAGCGGCUGAAACGGGAGCUGACGUGGCGCUGGUGGCGGCAGUUUGCGUGCUGGGCGCCGCGGCUGCUCUCGCCGGAUUGGCGCGUGGGAUCGCGGUGGAACGCGAUUGGGCCGUGGUGAUUGCGGAUUGGGUUUGCGAGCACGAAGGUGCUGCGAACUUGAAAGGGGGAUGCGGGCGGCAGGAGGAUUGGGAGGGCAGGGGGCAGCAAGGAGAGGAGAGAGGACGGGGAGAAGUGGAGGUGGUGGUGGGACACGAGGAGGAUGAAUCUAAAACGCGGCUGACGUUCAAUAACGAGGUGUCUUGUAACGAAUUGGCGCAGCAAGGAAAAGAAGAGAAGGCGAGAGUGGAAGGGGGAAGAGAGGAGGGGGGGAGAGUGGAGGGCGGAGAGCAUCAAUUGCAGACGCAUGCUGCAGGCAAGAGUGGCAUCGGCCAAGCAGGGGCACGAGAGGGGGCCGACGCUAAUCACCGGGACGAGGCAGCGCAGACACAGGAGCUUCUGACUGCGCAGCAGAGGCAGCGGCAGGCGCAGCAGGAGGGAGAGCGGCAGGGGCAGAGUCAGGGGCAGCAGGAGGGGCAGGAGGAAGAACAGAAAGAGCAGGAAGAGCAGGGGAGCGAGCAGCGGGAACGUGUGCGAGCGCGGGUCAACUCCACUCUGCGCACCAUCGACCUGCUCUGCCGCCUGCUCGCCCCGGCCCUCACUGGCGCCCUCAUGGCUGCCGCUGCCGCCUCUGCAUCCACGUCCGCCUCCUCCCCCGCCUCUGCCUCCUCCCCUUCCGCCGCUCCCCCUUCCGCCACACCCCCUUCCGCCCUCGCAUCUCUCCCCAGCUCGUCCGCGCGCCCUGAGUUGCUGCCUGUGUCGCUGCCGCUCGCCAUGGCCGUGUGGGUCCUCACGGCCGCUGCUGCUGAGCUGCUGCUGCUGGCGCUCGUCCACUCUCAGGUGCCCGCGUUGGGGGAGAGGCGCAAGGAGAGAGGCAGGGAGGAGGACGGAAGGGCUGGUGAGGAGGACAGCGAAGGUGAGGGAGGGAACGAGGAAGAGGAAAAAGAGGAGGAUGACGAGAAAGCGGAGGAGGAAGAGGAGCAAGAAGGGAACGAGGGAGGAGUGGCGCGUGGAGGGGACGAUGAGAAUGGAGCGGGGGAUAUUUCGAGUCGACUUAAUACACAAGUCGACAAUGAGGAGUAUGAGGCAGGAGACAAGCAGAUGCUUGCCCCUUCAGCCGCUGAUCCAACCCCACCUGCUCCUAUCCCCCCGUCAGACUCCCCACCCGCCUCUAUCACCACCACCACCACCACCACCACCAGCAGCAGCAGCAGCAGUGAGCCUCCCAUCAUCCCCUCCACCGCCAAAAACCCCUCCUUCUUGAACCACCUUCUCUCCUCUCUCCACCACCUCCGCCUCCUCCUCACCGCCUGGCUGACCACCCUUCGCUCCGCUUGGACCAUCUACCUCCACCAGACGUCCCUCCUCCCCUCCCUCGCCCUCGCCCUCCUCUACCUCACAGUCCUCUCCUUCGGGUCUCUCAUGUGCGCCUACCUGCACUCCCAAGGCGUCCCUCUUGGUCUCCUAGGCUCAGCAAGCGGCGCCGCGGCUGUCACUGGCGUGCUCGGAGCAACCCUCUUUCCAAGCCUCUGCGCCAGGCUUGGGACAAGCCGGACUGCCGAGGCCUCGGUGUGGUCGCAGCUGACGUGCCUCCUGCCGUGUGUCGUCGCAGGAUUGGUUCUCCAGUCGUCAGGGCCGAUCCCAGCAGUGCUGCUGAUGAUAGGAGUGGUACUCUCUAGGGCUCCUCUGUGGGUGUUUGAUCUAUCUGUGCUGCAAAUGGUGCAAGGCGCGGUGGUGGAGGAGGAGAGAGGCGCUGUGGGAGGAGUGCAGGAGUUCUUACAGCAGGGAAUGCAGCUGGUAGCGUUGGUGCUUGCAGCGGUGAUUAGUAGACCGAGGGAUUUCUGGGUCCUGACAACGGUGUCGGGAGGGGCUGUGACGGUGGCAGCGGUGCUGGUGAGUGUGGAUCGAAGGGGGAGGGGAAUUCUGAGACGAAUCAUAAGAGGUGGUUGGCAAAAGCAGGCCGAGGGACUUCUGGGAGUUGAUGGCAGGGUUGAGAGGGGAGCUGCUGCAGAUGAGGUUUGA